AUGCAGAACUCCGAUGGCGAGCCGGCUGCAGCUAGGACUGCAAGGGUGAUGUGGACGAUGACGAGUUUGGCUCAGUUCGGCACCGAAGCAGACACCUGCAACGUGCACUCGGCCGGGGCUGCCUUUGGGGAUGUGGAGAGGUGCCAGAUAUCUACCGUGGUUCGAAGCUUCCAGGGCGCUUCCGACGUGCGCCUGACGGCGGCAACGCUGAUCCGGUGCCGAGACCAGGUGGCCACGGGCACUCAGGAUGGCAACCUUUUGCUGUGGAACCUGGCGCCCGGGCGCCCGCGGCCUCAGAGGCUCACGGGCCAGUCCGGAUCCAUCACGUGCAUCAAGGCGUCCGGGUCCGGAAAGACGCUGGUCUCGGCCUCCACAGAUUCCACGGUGGCCAUUUGGAAGAUGCCUGUCGAGAAGAGACAGACCCCAGCGAUGUUGAAGUUGCACUUCAGCCCUGUGCGCUGCUGCGACAUCUCGACUGAUGAGCGCUUGCUUCUCACUGCCUCGGACGACAAAUCUGUAAAGCUGACCUGGCUGGCCGAGCGCCGCUUCGCCGCGGCAUUUGCAGGGCACUCGAACUGGGUUCGGUCUGCAUCCCUGUCCUCGAGCUCUACACACAUGGUCUCGGGUGGCGAUGAUAAGACUGUGAAGCUUUGGGACGUGGAGCACAAGUCUUGCUUGCAGACCUUCAGCGAUAGCGCUUCAAGCAUCACCUGCACUCGCUUCGGCUUGGGCGACCACGUCAUUAUUGCGAGCUCCUGGGAUUCCAGCAUCAAUCUGUGGGAUGUCCGCUCCUAUGGGAUCCGCCAGCAUUACGGGCGAGCCCAUGGGGGAAGUCCCAUUACCCAGGUGGCCGUCCACCCGCGCAGCGACCUGAUCUUGUCCUCUUCCUCGGACCGACAGCUGCGAGUUUGGGAUCUCCGCGCAGGGAAGCUUUGCUGCACUGUUCUUGGCCACGAGCGCCCGGUGCAUUCCUGUGGCUUCGAUGAAGCCGGGGACCAUUUCCUCAGCUGCGACAGCGAGAUGGUCCUCUAUUGGUCCUGUCCACCAUUGGCAGCACCCUGCCCUCCGGCGCAGCCGGAGCCUACUCCCAUCUCUCUCGAGGCCGAUGCCCUGAACCUCCCGAGUUCCGCGCCCCGCAUCGACGGCCCGGUAUCCGAAGCGGCCAGAAGCGCCGAGGCUUCCGACCCGCUCUUGGCAGGGGAGGCAGCCCGAUCGACGCAGGCCGAGGUGCCCAGGAGCCGAAAGGCUCCGAAGGAGGAGCAUCUCCGGGAGGCCCUGCCCGAGGUCGUGGCUCGGAUGGUGGAGAAAAUGGUCACCGACAUGGACACCUUGACGGCCACGCUUGCAGCACUGGAAGCUCGGAUGACUCGUACAGAGGCCAUCACCGCCGAGGUGGUGCAGCUGAUGCGGGCCCAGCCCGAGACCACACUGGAGGUCCCGGCUGCACAGAGUGAGAAAGCAGCAGUUCCGAGUGAUUGA